AUGUUUUCCAGACAAUUGCUUAGAUUCACCACCAGAGCUACUCCAGCUUUCAGACGGUUCAUCACUUUCGACGCUGCAAGCCAGCCAAGAAUCAGGAUCGGCUCCACUGUUCCAAAUUUCACUGCUCCAACUACUCACGGUGACAUCGACUUCCACCAAUACAUCGGUAACUCUUGGACCGUGCUCUUCUCUCACCCAGCUGACUUCACCCCUGUGUGCACCACUGAGUUGGGUGCUUUCGCCAAAUUGAAACCAGAGUUCGAUGCUAGAAACGUCAAGCUCAUUGGUCUGUCUGCUGAGGGUGUUGAGAAGCACAAGUCCUGGGUCAAGGACAUCGAGGAGGUCGCUUUAGACAACAAGCCAUUUUUCUACCCAAUCAUCGGUGACGAGUCCAAGGAAGUUGCUUAUUUGUUCGACAUGGUUGACGAGGAAGGCUUCAAGAACUUGGGCAACGGUCCCGUGCAAACAAUCAGAUCUGUCUUCAUCAUCGACCCUGCUAAGAAAGUCAGACUCAUCAUGACCUAUCCUGCUUCUUGCGGUAGAAACAGUGCUGAGGUGUUGAGAGUCAUUGAUGCUUUGCAAACCGGCGACAAGAACGGUGUCGUUACACCUAUCGACUGGACUGUUGGUCAAGAUGUGAUCAUUCCUCCUUCUGUCUCGAACGAGGCUGCUAAGGAGAAGUUUGGUGAUUUCAAGGAGGUCAAGCCAUACUUGAGAUUCACCAAGAUCUAA